AUGGGUUUUGGACAAGUUAUUAUAGGGCCACCAGGAUCAGGUAAAACAGUUUAUUGUAAUGGUAUGUCACAAUAUUUAGCAUCCAUCGGAAGAAAGGUAUCAAUUGUAAAUUUAGAUCCAUCCAACGAGAAUAUACCAUAUGAAUGCGCAGUAAACAUACAAGAUUUAAUAGAUUUUCAGGAAGUUGUAGAAAAGACUGAUUUGGGACCUAAUGGAGGUUUAAUAUUUUGUAUGGAAUAUUUAGAAAAGAAUAUAGAUUGGUUAAAAGAAAAAUUAUUACCCCUAAAGGAUCAUUAUAUUUUAUUUGACUGUCCUGGUCAAGUUGAACUAUAUACUCAUUAUAAAGUUAUUUCAAAUUUAUUAGAAAAUAUAUCAAAAUGGUCAUUUAGACUAACAGUUAUUCAAAUUUUUGAUUCAUUUUAUUGUAAAAACCCAAGUCAUUUUAUAUCAAUUUUAUUAGUAUCACUAUCAUCAAUGGUUAGAAUAGAAUUGCCCCAUGUUAAUGUUUUAUCAAAGAUGGACUUAAUCGAACAAAAUGGACCUUUGGAUUUCCAAUUAGAUUAUUAUACAGAUGUUUUAGAUUUAAGUUAUCUAAAUUCGUUUUUAGAUAAAGACCCACGUUUAAAGAGAUUUAGUGAAUUGAAUAAAUCAAUUGCAGGUGUUAUAGAAGAUUUUAGUUUAGUCAAUUUCAUACCUUUAAAUAUUAUGGAUAAAAAGAGCGUUGCAAAUUUAAUUGUUUCAAUCGAUAAAAGUAAUGGUUAUAUUUAUGGUUCAUUAGACACAAAUACAUCAAUUAUGGAAAUCCAAGAAAGAGAAACCCAAUGGAAUUUUGACAAAUAUCAAGAAGUUCAAGAAGCUUAUUACCAAUCUUUUGAAGAUGACGAUGUAAUUUAUGAACACGAUGAAAAUAAUGAGGAUGAAUUUUCAAAAUAUUUAAAUAGAUAA